AUGCUGCUGGCCCCCAGCCCACAGGGAGCAAGCCAUCGGAUGAAACGGCAGAUUGAUGUCUGGGGGAGCUGGGGUGAAUGGGGCAAGUGCAGUCGGAGCUGUGGCGGUGGAGUCAGCUUUCGGCAACGACGCUGCUAUUCCCAAAGGACAGAAGGUGCUUCCAGUUGUGUUGGACCAACUCGAAGCUAUCGGUCUUGCAACGUUCAGAGCUGCCCAGAAGGCUCCCGGGAUUUCCGGGCAGAGCAAUGUGCAGAGUUUGAUGGGACAGAAUUCCAAGGAAAGAAAUACAAGUGGCUUCCGUAUUAUGGAGCACCUAAUAAGUGUGAGUUAAACUGUAUUCCCAAGGGAGAAAAUUUCUACUACAGGCACAAGGAAGCAGUGGUAGAUGGGACUACCUGUGAACCUGGCAAGCGGGACAUCUGUGUAGAGGGAGCUUGUAAGGCCGUUGGCUGUGAUAACAUGCUGGAAUCUUCCAAGACGGAGGACAAGUGCCUGCAGUGUGGAGGAGAUGGCAGCACCUGCUAUGGUGUGAAGGGCACUUUUGAUGUACCCAGCCUCCCCAAAGGGUACAAUCAAAUCUUCAUCAUCCCUGUGGGAGCCACAAGCAUCCAAAUUAAGGAGGUUAUGCCCAGCAGGAACUUUUUGGCUGUCAAGAACGUGCGAGGGGAGUACUAUCUGAACGGGCACUGGACAAUUGACUUCAGCCGAGCACUGCAUGUAGCUAGCACGGUUAUGCACUAUGACCGUGGCUCGGAGGGUGAUCUGGCCCCAGAGCUCCUCCACGCCCGGGGUCCUACCACAGAACCCCUCGUCAUUGAGCUCAUCAGCCAGGAGCCAAACCCAGGGGUACAGUACGAGUACUACCUGCCCGUGCAAGGACAGGCCUCAGGUUACAGCUGGAGCUACGGUUCCUGGAGCGAGUGCAGCUCCGAGUGUGGAGGAGGUUUCCAGUCCCGCUUGGUGUUUUGUACCAUAGACAAUGAAAUUUAUCCGGACUAUAUGUGCAGGAAUAAACCACAACCAGACAAUAACAGGACGUGUGGCCGUCAGACUUGUCCCCAGACAAAACGGUGGAAAACAGGGGAGUGGGGACCCUGCUCAGCUACCUGUGGUGGGGGCACCCAGACUCGGUCUGUUUACUGCGUGGCAUUCGACGGCCAGAGCUCCCAAGGGGUGGUGGAUAACGCUGAGUGCAUGGCCUUCGCACAGCAGCCUCGCCGCAGUCAGCCCUGCAACAUGAGACAGUGUGCGACCUGGAGCACAGGGCCCUGGUCGGAGUGCUCAGCCAGCUGUGGGGAAGGGGUCCAAACCCGAACCGUCACCUGCAGAACGCAGCGGGGCUCUCAGGCUCAGGACUUCGCUUGCCUAAUGGAGCCAAAGCCAUCGGCCACCCAGCCCUGCCUUAAGGAGAACUGCAUCCAGGAAAUUGGCUGGCACGUGGGCGACUGGGGCCUGUGUUCGAAGAGCUGCAAUUCAGGCAUCCGAACGCGCCAAGUCAUCUGUGCUGACGGUGACUCCAAAUUCUACAGUCCUGAGACGUGCAAAGCCAUCCAGCCACAGAAACCAGCCACCCUGGGUAGCUGCAACAUGCAGCCCUGCUACCUGCCGCAGCAGGUCCCCAGCAUGCAGGACACUAUGGGAUAUGAUGUCACUCGCCAGUCCUUGCUGACACGUUAUAACCCAAACAGCCCUGCCACAGAUUCUGGUGAUGAAAGGAUGCUCCCUGGGAGCUCCAUGAUCCAUAGUACCUCCGGGAAUCACCAUAUCCCAUCCACCAAGGACCACGGCAUCAACUUGUUGCCUGUUCGCUGGGAAUCCCAAUCACGCUCAUCGGGUUCCCAUCAGCUCAGCUUCUCUCAGGACCCCACUGCAGGGACUGGCUCUCAGGACUGUCAUCGGAGCCCACACGGCUGCUGUCCAGAUGGGCACACUCCAGCUUCAGGCCCUUUGGGAAGAGGUUGCCCCUUCAGCACUUGUCACCGAAACAGGUAUGGAUGCUGUCCUGAUGGAGUGUCGGCUGCCCAGGGUCCAAACAACCUGGGAUGCCCACAAUAUUACCGUGAUGUUCAAGUGAGCAGAAAUCAGCCCACUGCAACUGCUCCAACACACCCCUCGGGCGAGUGCCGCAGUUCCGUGUAUGGCUGCUGUUUUGACAAUGUCGCUUCAGCUUCAGGUCCUCAAGGGGAAGGAUGUCUCAACAGGCCCAACUACCCGUAUCCUGUCAUAUGCCUGCUGCCCAGUGCUCACGGCCCCUGCACGAACUGGACCACUCGCUGGUACUUUGUGACCGUCGUUGGCAAGUGCAACCGGUUUUGGUACGGUGGCUGUCACGGCAAUAAAAACAGCUUUGCCUCAGAGGAGGAGUGCAUGAGAGCAUGCCACAACUCUGUGGGGGUCAGUCCUCUGGAGCACCAGCCCUCUUCUGGCACAGGAGCUCUGCAACGCCAGCACACUGGCUCCGGCUCUCAUACAGGGGAUGCUCAGGGUCAGCAGCGGCCACCCCUGAGAGAGUCUGCAAGUCACAGCCAAGAAGGAAGAGCCUAUGGGGCUUCACACCCCACGCAAGAUGGCCACAGACAGGACAGCUGGAGAAGCAAGGUGCUGCCAGAGUCUUUGCCAAGGACUGGUGUGCUGGAGAGCCAGCGCUGGGUCACCCAGAAAAACAGAUUAGAGAGCCUGAGCCAGCUGCACUUGUGGGAAACAGCAGUGCCUGGGCCCUCAGAGAGGCAGAGUAGCAGUGGCCAGCAGGUGCUGCCCCGUGAAGGCAAGCAGUGGCAUAAGGCUUUUGGAGCAGAUGUUUCCAUGACAGAGCGAUUUGGGCACCAGGUGUCUGCAGACUCGUUCCCAGCACGGUCUCUGCACAGAGCCAUCCUGGAAGAAGCCAAGCCCUCUCUUGUGACAGCGGUCAUGGGACAAAACAUCCAGCUGGUCUGCAAGACAGGCCUGUCCCCCUUCUCCAGAGUGGAGUGGAUGAAGGACGGCCGACCAGUCUCGUCUGACAGGCACACCUACCAGUCCGACAGCUCCUUAGUGAUCAGCCACGUCAAGCUGGAGGACGCCGGGACUUACACAUGCCUCAUUUCUAACGGGAGGACAAAGAGCCGACAGAUUCAGUUACAGAUCAGAGAGUACCAGAGCGCUGUUCUGGCAGAGGGUGAGAGAGGUCGGGUCCUUCACAAGGAAAAUCAGCAGCAUCGAGAGCUCUCCAGAGGCAGGAAGGUUGUACAGGCAGCUGGUUCCUCUGUGCAUCAGCAAUCCACAUACAGAUUGAGAAUGGAUAAGAGCGAGCCCUCAGUAGUGGAGGCCAGCGUCGGGGAGAGAGUCAGGCUGCCCUGCACAGUGGAAGCAUCGCCGGCUCUCACCAUUGAGUGGCAGAAAGACGGGCAGCCCCUCUCCUCUCCCAGACACAGGCAGCAGUCAGAUGGGGCCCUGGUGAUCAGCCGGGUCAGCUCUGAAGACGUUGGCUUCUUUACCUGCAUUGCCUCAAAUGGACGUGACCAGGACCAGCGCCAGGUCCUGUUCCGACCUCUAGGAGAGCUGAGGAUCACCGGUCUUCUGCCAAGCAUCAUGGUACCUGAGGGAGGAACUGCUCAUCUUCAUUGUACAGUGACUGGUAACAAUGUGAAUAUAAGGUGGUCAAGGAAUGGAGUCCCCAUGCGGGCAGAUGGCCACCACAUCCACCUGUCCCAGGAUGGCAGCCUGAUCAUAAGCAGUGUUCAGGAGGCUGACGAGGGAUCCUACACGUGCAGUGCCUACAGCAGUAGCAACUCCGUCAGUGCCAGCACGGAGGUGAAAGUGCUGAGGAGCAGGCCUAGCCCUACUGUGAAUCACGUUGUGGACCCGAGCAGAGAGUGCGUGGACCAGCCGCACCUGGCCAACUGCGACCUGAUCCUGCAGGCCCAGCUCUGCAGUAACGAAUACUACUCCAGCUUCUGCUGCGCCAGCUGCUCUCGCUACCAACCGCAGGCCAGCCCUCCCCGUCACCGCGGCUGA